GGCUACCUAGGGUGAACUUAAGUAAUCUCUCACUCUCAGGUGCUCUCGGCAUGAACUGCUCGGGGGGAACAGAAUCAAUCUCCUCGUCAGUCGAGAAAUCGAUGGCCACAGGCAAUCAGCAUUAAGUGGAAACCUUGGCCGUUUCAGAGAGCAGUUAUAAUGGUUUUUCGCUCAACCCUCUUUUGGAGGAGGUAGGAUUUUUUUUUUCUAAAACAAGUUACUAUAUUUGUUACCCGAGGCCAUAAAAUCUCCACCUAGCAGCUACAAUCUACCAGAGAAGACGAUGACUUUACUACAGGUAACUCCGUGAUCAAGACUGCAGGUGUGUCCAGACACGCAGUUGUGUCCCAACAAGUUGCUGGAGCAGAGGUGUUUGAAUACUGAAAAUAAACGUUGGUGUUUCAGGGCUGCAUCGCACUCAGGCUUGAAAGAAUCAGUGUUAUGUGCCAUACUAACGGACAAUACAUGUGAAGACUUUACAACCCUGUUUCAAGACUACCUAUGACCUAUAAAUUCAGACUAAGAGUUCCAGAUACUCUGUGACUUGCAGCCACGCUGCUAGAGAUUCCAGACCCAGGCAUUUUUCUUCAAUUUCUCAUGGUCACCUGAUUAUCACCAAAAAUAUAAUGAGAGCUUUGUCUCUGUAAAGUUACUCCAGCUCCAACGAUUGAACAUCUUCAGAUGUCCAGAGUUCGUCUUUAGAAACACAGAUGGAUGUGAUGUGAAUGGACUGUGCUGAAUAUCUGAACUGAUGCUAUCUCUGCCUGGCUGAGUUAGUGUUCUAAGUGAAACAAAACGUUUUCGGAGGUUUGUUUAUGUCUGUUGUGGUGAGCGCGACAGUCAGUAACAGGAACACUGAGCUGGCAUUUAAUCAAGGCCAGGUUUUACGAAAGGAUGAACAGCACGUCCAUGCAACGAGACUGCCGUCGUGGAGCAAGAUUAUUUGAACAGAACAGGAGUAUCCGAGAGCAGCUGCGCAUGCUGGAUGAAUGGGUUUUAAAUAGAAGCAGUUAUACAUAAGAUUUGAGCAGAUUAUAACCAAGGUGAGCUACACUUGCGAGAGAAACAGGCUGUAACUUGGAGUAACUGUAAACACGGGAAGGAGAUAACUGCAGACAAGUAACCGAUCCACUUAUACCGUCGCCAGAAUCCAAAGUCUGGCGUCCUUGUGUCUUGAACGCCUUGGCAGUUGGGUUUCAGCAUGCACCUAGGAUCAUCCAGGACACCUGGUAGGAAUGGAAUGGGGGCACUUGGGCGCCCUUACAGCAUGCAGUCCGACACCGGGAUUUUGAGUGAGAGAUACCCAUCCACACCUGUAUCAUUUCGGACAGCUCAUAAUGCUUCACCAACGAGGAUGAGCCGACCGAAGACAGCUGCAGCUGUACUGGGGCGAACAACAGAAUGUGAACGAGUGCACCAAUUAGAACACGAGCCAACACGACGGCACAAUCUGGAAAGUCACCUGCCCAUCAAGCGAAGCAAGCCACCACCAUGGCAGAAAAAUAUGGAGCAGCCCUUGGUGCCGUUUGUGGUAGGACCUGGCUACAUACUCUCUCGUAGUAAAAGCAAGUUUGCUGUCACUCUAAAGGAUGAAUUUUUUUAUUUCCCUCAAGAUGGAGAGCAAAAAAAGAAACAAGAAGAUUCAGAUAGAGAUGCUCUGACAGCACAGCUGCAGCAACAGAUUUCAGACCUAACCCUUUUCCUGGAAGAAGAGCGACUGAAUCACCGGCAAACAAAACAGAAGGCUGAAGAAUAUUUACGUGACAGACUUGAACAAUGCCACAACCAACAUCAAGGCCAUAUUCGAGAGAUCGAAGAUAAACACAAAGAAGAGCUGUUACAACAAAAAGUGCAAAAUGAGACCGAGUUUGAGCAUUACAGGACCACCACAGAAACACAGAUCAAUCGCCUGGUAAAAGAAAUAGAAUUUCUACAAGGAGCGUUCGACUCCUACAAAAGCUCCCUACACCAAGAAAUGGAUGACAGGUGGAAGAAAAAGGAAGAAGAAUUACGAGUGCAGUGUGAGGAGCAAACACAGACUGCUAUUCAGGAAAUGAAAACAAAGUUAGUGCAGGAGAGGAAUGUAGAACGAGCUACAUCUGCCAAAGAACAUAAUCGACAGAUGGAAUCUUUGCGCAAAGAACACAAAAAAGAACUUGACGCUUUUGUUCGCCGGUUUUCUGGUGCUGCUGCUGAUAUGGAGAGACUGAAGAAAACAACUGCAGAACUUGAGGAGACACAAGCUGAACUGCAGCAUAUUCAAGAACAGUACAAUGAGACAUGCCAGCAGUUAGCCAACACUACUCGGAAUCUUACUGAUGCUAAAGUUCGUCUAAUGGAUUUUGAAGAGCGGUUUCAAGAAAAGAUUGGAGAGAUCGAUGAUAAAUACCGCCUGAAGUUACAGGACCUCAUGUCCCAAAAUACAGAACUGAGACGAAUGUAUGUUCAGAAGUGUGACCAGCUUUUUGAUGAAAAGACUAUGUCAGAACAACGUACAAUGCAGGAAGUGCAGUCUGCAAAAGAAGCAUUAGAGCUGCUCAUAAAGACAAAGCACAAGGCAAAUAUCAGCAUUGCUUUCAGUGCAGAGGAUCUAAACUCACAGCGAACACCCAAAGUCCGGCCAUCUAGUGCACCAGGUACCAGAUGCGAAACCAAGAAGGCUCACCUAAGCGCGGGGGAGACAGACCACCUUUUCAGACCUACAGAAUACAUUCAACCUGAUCAUUUAUUUUCACUGGAAAACCCUGAAACAGAAAAACUCAGACAGGAACUUCUAGCAACAGACAUAAGGAAAGUAACAAGAGAGGACUUGCUGAAUUCCUUUGAUGUGUGAGAACUGAGGAUGUAAGCAUUGUAAAACAAAGUGCAAAUGCUUUUCAUUACGUUGGGGUUUGUCGAGUAAUUUUUUUAAGGUCAGAUUGAAAAGGGUUAAGCAGAAGUACACAAUGUGUUGAUGGGCAUGUAUUAAGGUUAUUAUCGUAAUUUAGUCCCAUUCCAUGAACGUAUCAUGAUCUAAGCCGGUAACGUGCAACUACUAAUUAUAAAUCUAUUAACUGUAUCAAAAUUGAUAUUCCUGUUAACUGAUGAAAAUUUGAAAUAUUGCUUUUCUUUAGAUCUUUUUUUAAGCGAAGUUGGAAGCUUAAAUUAAUGUGUAUCAAUACUAUUUUUAGCCAUCAAAACAGGUUCAGCAUCCAGACAAAAAGUAUGUUUCUUAUAAUCUGAAAAUGAACUGUUUUUUUCUUGUAGUUAAAAUAAUUCAUGUGCAAUUCCUGUUUUUGGAAUGCACACUUUUAGGCAUGUUUGAAACUAAAUUUCCUGAAUGACAA